AUGAGGGACCGGCCCGUCAUCAGCAUCGAAAAUUACACCAUAUACUGCGGCGAUGCUGAUGAGAACAAAGUAGCGGAGCGGACGUCGGACAACGGUGACCGUCUGAUCGACUUAUGCGAACAGACGGGCCUCAUCAUAGCUUCCACGUUUAAGAGGAAUCAUCGACGCAAUCAGCUCACGUGGCAGGGGUCAACCCUUCUAACGCCUGAAGAGCAACGCAAGCGGAAGAUGAGGACUCUUACGUUUCAGCUCGACUACGUUCUGGCGAGGAACAUUCCUCAGUCAGAAAUCCGAAAAUCUAGAGCUGUUUGGGACGUCGUGUUCGACUCUGACACCAGUCCAGUUCUUCUCACCUUCAAGAUACGGUUCCACAAAAGAAACCGAAGAGUUCCUCUUCAACCGAAAAUUGACAUGGCAGGUCUGAAAGACGAAGAAUGCAGAACCAAAUUCCGCCAACGUGUGUCUAUUCAUGUUGGAGUACGGACCAGGAAGAAGCUUAGCGAUGCGGACUCCACAAAAAUCAUCCAGGACGCUACAAGGGAAACGAUACCGUUUCUAUUGCCGCGGGAGAAGUUUGCCUUUGCAUUUGCGGAAACAAAUUCCACGUACAAUUCUGUAUGUAUCGCGCAGCACUGGUGA